UUGGCCUACAGGGACGGUCUUCCCAACGCCCUGGACGGGGUCAGCCUGGUGGUGCGACCCGGGGAGAAGGUGGGCAUUGUGGGACGGACUGGCUCCGGAAAGUCCACGCUGUUCCUGGCCCUGUUCCGUAUGGUGGAGCUGAACCAGGGUCAGAUCCUCCUGGACGGGCUGGACAUCAGCACUGUGGGCCUGGCUCAGCUCAGGUCCAGGCUGGCCAUCAUUCCUCAGGACCCCUUCCUGUUCAGCGGGACCAUCAGGGAGAAUCUGGACCCAUGUGGGCGACACGCAGACCACCAGCUGCAGGACGUGGUGGACCAGUGCCACCUCGGCUCUGUGGUCAGCAGGAUGG